UCUGCUACUUCUUCCUCCGGCAAUAUCCAUACAAGAAGUUUUCUGGGCGUAUUUGUUAUCAAUCCUAAAGCUAAGGGUAGAGAUAACCAGAAGUGUGUCCCUUCUUCCUGCGGCGACAUCGACAACAUAAGCUACCCUUUUCGACUAGAACAUGAUCCAAAGCAUUGUGGCGACUCAAGCUACACUUUGGAAUGUAACAACGAUGUCACAAUUCUGCGCCUAUAUUCUGUGUAUUCUUCUCUGUAUGUGGAUACUGCUUCAUGUAUAAAAUCCGAAUCAUAUGGUUAUGUCAAGGUAGGCACUACGACCACAUCGGAUUUGGAAGAUGGGUGCAGUAUAGAUUCGACCACUAUGAUCACUACUUUCGCCAGAACGGAGAGAAAUGUGUCCUAUAAAGAAAUACACAGAGAACUGGUGUAUGGCUUUCAGCUUACUUAUGAGAUGACUUAUGUCUUUGUUGGUUGCCGGAGGCAGGGGCAAUGUAGCUCAGCUCUUGGUCGAUGUUUUCCACACAGCAUCACAGGUUUCUUUCAACUUCUGUGGGAGUUCAUUUACUAUGAUAUCGUGCUACCACUCUAUCACUUAGAUGAUCGAUUUUUACUGGAGAUGAUUUCCAUCGUGCCAGUAGUUUUGACGGUAAAAUUUAUACUUGGAGCUCCAUUUGUGAUUGCACUUUUAAUCUACAAGUGGCGAAGAAGACAUUCAUCGGCCAACAACACUAUAGAAGAUUUUCUACACAGUGACAAUUUCAUGCCUAUAAGGUACACUUACUCCAACAUUAAGAAAAUGUCUAAUGGAUUCAAGGAUAAGUUGGGGGAAGGAGGUUAUGGGUCUGUAUUUAAAGCAAAAUUACGGAGUGGCCGAUUAGGAGCCAUUAAGUUGUUAGGAAAGCCUAAUGCUAAUGGGGAAGAUUUUAUGAGUGAAGUAGCUACUAUUGGAAGGAUUCACCAUAUUAAUGUGGUGCAGCUUGUUGGUUACUGUGUCGAGGGUUCAAAGCGUGCUUUAGUAUAUGAUUUCAUGUCAAAUGGGUCUCUUGAUAAAUGCAUUUACUCUAAAGAAGGAUUCAACACUUUAAGUUGUAAGAAAAUGUAUGAGAUUGCAGUUGGAGUGGCUCACGGUAUUGAAUAUUUGCAUCGAGGUUGUGAAGUGCAAAUACUACAUUUUGAUAUCAAGCCUCACAAUAUUUUACUUGAUGAGAAUUUUAUCCCGAAGAUUUCUGACUUUGGGCUAGCAAAAUUAUAUCCAAGGGAUAAUAGCAUAGUAUCUUCAAUGGCAGCAAGGGGCACAAUGGGAUAUAUUGCUCCUGAGUUGUUCUAUAAAAACAUUGGUGGUGUUUCAUACAAAGCUGAUGUCUACAGUUUUGGAAUGUUGUUAAUGGAAAUGGCAAGUAAAAGGAAAAAUGUAAAUGCAUUAGUGGAGAAUUCAAGCCAAAUUUACUUCCCCUCAUGGGUGCACGAUCAAUAUAAUGAGGGGAAAGACUUCGAGAUUGGAGAUGCUACAACAGAGGAAAAGCAAAUUAUAAAAAAGAUGAUUAUAACUGCAUUGUGGUGUAUUCAAAUGAAACCAAGUGAUCGACCUUCCAUGAAGAGAGCCAUAGCGAUGCUCGAAGGAGAUGUUGAAUGCCUACAAAUGCCUCCAAAGCCAUCUCUAUGCCCAGAACCAAUGACUGUAGGCAAUUUGAUUCAAACAAGUUCAGAUGUGGAGCUAACAUGUAGUUUAUCAGCAAGGUGAUGAUCAGCUACAUUUCAAGAAUUCAACUAUUGAUAUUUCAAUUUUUAUUUUUGUCUUCCUAUUUUUAACAUUUUCCUUAAAUCAAGCUAGAAACUAUUGAUAUUUCCUAGAAAUGCAGAUUACUGAACUAACAAA